GGAUUCUGGAUCUCGUCGAUGUACCAUAAACAAAAAUGUCAGCGAUCCCGAUUUUUUGUUUCUUGCUGCAUACCCAUCGUUAAACCUUAAUUAGAUCACACGAAUGAUAUAAAAUAAUGUUAGACGCUUUCUCCGGCGAUGUCAUCUCGACUCGCCAGCGUUACCAAAGCAAUAAAUCGGCCAUAGUAAGCGUGCGUUUCGUGUGCUCGCGCCCGUCUAUCUACACCCGACCUAUCUCAUUGUUUAUGUAUGGAUAAUAAGCCAGGAAUUUUUAUGGGGUUUCGCAGCGUUUUCUCGUUCUAAUUGAAUAUCUGGCCACGAUCAGGGUUUUGUGUCGACGGAAGGUUGUGACGGGUCCGCUCAUCGCCGCGAGCGUCCUCACCACACUCAAGGAUUUCAGUGAUCUCUAUUUAUAAUAUUCUCUCGAUCAUUUGCUGCAGCAUAAUGACAUUCUUGUAAUGAAGUGCCGUUCAGUGGAUUCGCGGGACAUGUGCCAAUUAUCGCGGACUUGACGAAAGCGCGCCGAUAUUUCAAGUUGGCGAAGGCACGCAGGGGUAUGAUAAAGGAGAAGGAGAAGGGAGGAGGCGCCCGCCUCAAAGACGAGCCCAGCGAUCCGGCUGAGCCUGGUCAUGGAUCGCGGCCGCCUUCAGCGUCGCUGCCGACGCCGGCUGCGCUGAAGAAGGAGCCCGACGAGCCCGCGCACAGGGUAAAGAUGGAGCCCCACAGCCAGCCCGGCGGCGAGGACUCCGCCGCCGAUAUGGGCGUCGAUGGCAUCAAGACUGAAAUUGACGGCCUCAUGGAUAGCGACGGUGACCCCACAAAAUCCCCACAGUGUGAUCUGGGAGGACCAGGCUCACUCAAGUCAGAAAGGCUUUCCUCAGACUCAAACGACAUAUUGGACCCACAAACUGGCCUAAGAGGCUCUUCAAGUAACCUCCAGGAUGGCAACCAAAACUGCCGCAACCCAAACAUGGGCCCAGAGAAUAUGGGGUCGUGUAGGAUGGGUGGCGGCGGGGGACCCAUGGGCCCCGGCGUGUCUAUGGGCCCCAUGUCGGCAAGUGAGGCGCAAACUUUGCCGUCCAAUGUCAUCAGCAAACAGGCCGGCAGUAUGGAGCAGCAGAGCCAAAUCUUCGUGUUCUCAACGCUACUGGCCAACAAAGGCGCCGAGGCCGUGCUGUCCGGGCAGCACCACUCCAUCAUAGCGUACCACUGUGCGCAGCCGGGGACUAAGAAGUAUUUGGAGAAACACCCCCUAAAAAUGGGCCAAUUCAACAAACAGAACCCCGCACAGUGGUUAAACAACCUCGCUAUGGCGAAAACCAGGGGUGGCAUGCGUGGGGGGCCCAAUAUGAUGAGCGGGCCCAACCAGAUGGGCCACAUGAUGGCCGGGCCCAUGGGCGGGAUGGGCCCCAUGCCCCACGGCAUGGGCCACAUGAUGGGCCCCAGUCGCAUGGGCGCGCCCGGCAACCAGAUGAUGAUGAUGAAGGGCGGGCCCGGGCAGAUGGGCCAAAUGGGACCCAUGGCCCCCAUGGAUGGGUUUCCAGGGGGCACCCCGUCCUGUGGUGUCAUGGACGGCCUCGGUGCUGAUGGUGAAAUGCCCUGGGACACCAAAAACCCCUCAGUGAUGUCGAACGGCAUGUCAAACGGCCCCGGACAGAUGCCCGCGUGCUCGGAGGCAGGCCAGAGUGACACCGUGCCCUCCUCCGGUGCUGACGCCUCCUCCACAGACGCGCCAUGCCAGUCCGGACCUAAAGGUGUUAAAAUCCCCGACGAAAACCUAACACCUCAGCAGCGCGCACACAGAGAAGAACAAUUAGCCACGAUCCGCAAAAUGCAACAAAUGCUAUUCCCAGAAAGCGGGGGCAACGGGAACCCCAACAACGGGGAUCAGCAGCAGCAAGACAUUAACCCACCCACGUCAGCACCCAUGAACAUGCCCUUCCCGCCCAUGUCAAUGGGGCCCAACGGACCUAUGGGCUCAAACGGCCCCAUGGUCUCCAUGUCCGGCCCAAACAGCAUGAACUCAGGCCCCAGCUGUACUAUGUCCGGCCCCAUGGGACCCAACGGCCCUAUGGGUGGACCAAUGGGCCCAAAUGGACCCAUGGGCGGCCCUAUGGGACCAAACGGCCCCAUGGGAGGCAUGGGUGGGCCACCCGGAAUGAUGGGCGGGCACGGCUCUAUGGGCCCCAACGGGAUGAUGGGUCCAAACGGACCCAUGAUGGGUGGGAUGGGGCCAAACGGACCUAUGGGGCCGAUGGGUCCGUGUGGGAUGAAGGGGAUCAGAGGCCCGUGCGGGGGACCAGACAUGAAAGGGGGGAUGUGUACAGAUAUGCAUAUGGGGAGGGGGUGUGGGGGUCCUAUGGGGCGGAUGCCAAACCCAAUGGGCGGAAUGGGCGGGCCUAAACCGUGUAUGAUGGGUGGACCACACAUGGGGCCCAGGAUGAUGCCGGGGCCUAAUAUAAAUGCAAUGAAUGCAGGAGGUAUAAUGAUGGACGGAGGCAUGAUGGGGGGCAUGGUGGGGCACGGCGAGUGCGGGCCCGAGCACCACGGCAUGCCCGUCAACGGGCCCAUGUGCGACGAGUAUGGCCGCGGGAGGAAUAUGGGUCCAGGUGACCCCGGUGGGUUAGGUCCAGGCGUGAAUGUCGGCCAAAAAAUGGGACUACGGAGUCCCAAGAGUCCCGCGAACGCAGACAUCGACUGGCAGAAAAUACACCAUCAGUUUUUUGAUGACCCCAAAUCUAUGGAUACAGAAUUAAGUACACAAGUGAAAUCUCCCUGUUCAGAACGGGGCGGCUGCCUCCCGCCCCCGCCCUACGGGGCGUCUCCUCUACACCGGUCCGCCUCUGUGCCUAUUGCGACGCAGUCCCCUGGCCACGGGUCGGUUCAAAUGCCGAUGUCUGCGGAGGGCUCGCGAGCGGGGUCAGGCCUCAGUUCGCCGCACCAUGCGCUCACGCACCCGCCGCACUGCAAGCCCGCGCCCAAGGACGCGCCAGAGAUACUAGAGAAGUUGGACGACGGCGUGUUUGUGCGAACACUCCAAUGCCUGGCCGCGGCGCAGAAGGGACACAAGGAGCCCAGCCUCAUGCCCGUCCCGUCGCCUCAGCAGAUAUCCUACCUCAACCAGUUCGAAGGUCAAGAGCUGACGAUACAAAAGCAGCCGAACACGUCGUUGAAAGACAACGGGCCUCCGUCAAACAGCGGGGGACAGACGCCACAGUCCAGUUCAAACCAGAAAUCGCCGGCGAGUAUGAUGCCGGGAACGCCAGAGCCUCACUCGUCGCUAUCGGAACAGAGGGCAGGCAGGUUUUCACUGGAACAGAGUCCAGGGUUCAACAACCCACAAACGCCUACGUCAGCCGCGAGUACCAAAUGUGAUGAAAAAUCAAGGCCAAGUCCGUCGUCAAAUCGGUCGAGUCAAGACAGCGCGUCUAAAACGCCUCAGCGGGAAUCGAAUCUGAGCCAAGGGCCGUACGCGCCUGCAUCGUCCGCCGCGGCCUGCGCCAACAAGAGUAGCUGCUCACGCACCACCGCUCCCUCUAUGGACGACUCUAUGGCCAGCACGGAGACGACGUUAUCAGGCGGGCCGAACAGCACGAGUUUACCGGGCCCCUUCCCGGGCUCCUGCGGAAUGCGGCCCGACAACAUGCCCAUCAACCCCAACCAGGGCCCCAACGGGCCCAUGACGUCAACAGCCUCCUUCGACCCCAUCUCGUCUCUCGCGCAGAUGUCUCAGCAGCUGACGUCAGCAGUGGGAGCGCCGCCGCAGGGCGCCAUGCCCAGCGGUGGGCCCAUGGGACCCUUCCCGCACCAUAUGCAGCACCAUCACAAUAUGCAUCCGCAUCAACAUCCGCAUAUGAUGAUGAACGAGCUAGGCUGCCACAUGGACGCGCUGGGCGGCAUGGAAGGUGUUUUGGGCGGCGAGUUCGCGCCCGACAGCCUCAGCCCGAAGUUGCACGACGCCUGCAUGCCGCGCGCCAAGAUGCCGCCCUUCAAUGGCGCCAGUGUACAGGUGAAAGCGAGCGCGCCGAACACGAUCCAGUACCUGCCGACGCGGCCGGCGGCGCCGUGCCACGCGCGCGCGCCGCCCAGCCUCGACUUCCUUCAACGCGUCACCAGCCCCAUGCAGGUCGACGCCUCCAAGGGCGGCGUGCAAUACUUCGGCGGCGGCAUGGGCGGGCCGGGGGGCCCGGGCGCGCGCGGCAUGGACAUGGAGGGGGCCAUGCGGGGGCCCAUGCGGCCGCCCGCGCCCGGCCUGCUGCGCAUGCCGCACUACCCCGCCGGCUUCAACUCGCCCCCCAAAAUGGACCCCUUCGGACCCCCCGGGCCCAUGUGCGGCCCGACCUUCCGCGGCGUCAAGGGCCCCAUGGGCCCGGGCCCGCAGGUGCGCAUGGGCGCCGGCCAGCCGCUGCCGCCGUCCAUGGGCGGGCCCGGCGCCGGCUUCAAGGGCCAGGGCUUCGCGGUGCCGUCCACCGCCGACCCCAACUACGCGGCGCAGUUCCACAACUUCCAACAACAGUUAUACGCCACAAACUCGCGCGCUGCGCCGCCUCACGCCUAUCCCUACCCGCCCAAGUGAUGGCCGCCCGCCGUCGCCGCGCCCGCGCGCCCGGUGCGACUGUACAAUUUGUACAAAAAUAUUCUAAACGUGUUGACUCGUACUCUACACGAUUUAAAAGUACAGUUUUUUAGUUAUUUUCUCGCUCACGGCGGCAAACUUAGUUUUAGACGAUUUUUUACACGGACAUGCCGGAAUUUCAGUGUAUCGGUUCCUUUUACUUAGCUACUUUAUGUACGAUUCCUAUGCACGCAGAUAUCUAGUCAAUUUUGAAAUUAACGGAGCCCGAUCCCGUGUUAUAUGUAAACCUCGACGAUUGAAUCCGCCGUUCGGUCACUUUUAUAUGCAGAAGUACACGACGUUGUAGAUGUCCAUUUUUUAGUUGUAGCUUAAUUGAAACUGUUUAGUUGAAUUGGUUUAAUGUAAUUUUUGGCUGACGGCCAGUAUGACUCCUGAACUAGUGCCGGUCUGUUGUUGACUACAUUCGUUUUGAUCUGAUAGCAAUGUUUUUUCUGUCUUCCAGUACCUUUAUAGGCUCUUAAAAUAAUGCAAUACGAUUGUUGAGAGUAUGAUGUGUGUACUCCUCUGAUGCGCUUCGAAACUUACCAGACUGUAAGUUCGCGUAGUCUAUACUUUAAAAUAAUGAAAAAGUACUUAAAAUCUGAUGCCAUAUUAUUUGCCACAUGAAUUUAAUUUCGUGAUAUUUUUACUAUCUUAAUUUAUUGUUGUCUACGAAAUCUGUAUGAACAAUGCGAAUAUUUUCCAAACGCAACACAAUGUUAUCGUUUCGUCGUAGGACUUAGGGCAUUUUAAUAUGCUAGGCUAGUAGUCGCACAUUGUGGAUGUCACAGUGGCCUUCGAUUUGUAAUGCCUUGUUUGGAAAGCAAUGAACCCCUCGGGACGCGGCGUCCCGGCAGCCGGGCCCGGGCCCCGCGGCUCCGGUGGGCGCGGGGCCCACGGGCUCCGGCGGGGGCCCCGGGGACCGGGCCCCGUCGGCCCGAGUCCGCCCCCGCCGACAUGAAGCGAGUGGCAGUUUCGUGAAUAACAGCACAAAGUCCAGAAUAAAAACACCCGCUAGCGAUUAGAUAGACUUAAUUUAAAUGUAAUUAUAAUAUAAGGUAAAGAAUGGUUCUUGUUUUAGAAUAAGCGAAGAGCAAUGAUAUAAAAUAGUUUGUGUAAUAU